AUGGUUGGGUGGGCGAUAGCGCUUCACGGCGGUGCCGGAGAUAUUCCGAUUGAUUUACCGGAAAACCGACGUAUCCCUCGCGAGAUCGCCCUCCGUCACUGCCUCGAUAUCGGCGUUGCCGCCCUCAAAUCCGGCAAGCCUCCACUGGACGUCGCUGAACUCGUCGUUCGUGAACUCGAAAACCACCCGGACUUCAAUGCGGGUAAAGGUUCUGUUCUGACUACGGAAGGUACUGUUGAAAUGGAAGCUUCCAUUAUGGAUGGGAAAUCAAAACGAUGUGGAGCGGUCUCGGGCUUGACCACUGUCGUUAAUCCCAUCUCUUUAGCUCGACUCGUCAUGGAAAAAACUCCUCAUAUCUAUCUUGCAUUCGAUGCAGCCGAAGCAUUCGCAAGAGCACAUGGUGUUGAGACGGUGGAAUCAAGCCAUUUCAUAACUCCUGAAAACAUUGCAAGGCUAAAUCAGGCCAAAGAAUUCAAUCGAGUCCAGUUGGACUACACUGCCCCUACCCCGAAAGAACCGGAAAAUUGUGGCGAUAGUCAAAUAGGAACGGUCGGAUGUGUAGCUGUGGACAGUGCCGGAAAUCUAGCUUCGGCUACAUCAACGGGCGGUUAUGUCAACAAAAUGGUUGGCAGAAUCGGGGAUACACCAGUCAUUGGCGCAGGAACAUACGCUAAUCAUCUUUGUGCCGUCUCAGCCACGGGUAAAGGAGAAGAGAUAAUCCGUGGAACCGUGGCUAGAGACGUGGCUGCACUAAUGGAGUUUAAGGGUUUGUCUUUAGCCGAGGCAGCGGCUUAUGCUGUUGACCAAUCGGGACCCAGAGGAACCUGUGGACUUGUUGCUGUCUCGGCCAAUGGUGAAGUCGCUAUGCCGUUUAACACCACGGGAAUGUUCAGGGCUUGUGCCACCGAAGAUGGUUACAAUGAAGUCGCAAUCUGGCCAAAGAACUGA